GUCAUAGCCAAGCCCCUGGGAAAACAAAGCAUUUCCAAUCAUAAACUGGGAACCAUCCCAGCUACAUACCUAAUAACUACACAAUACAAUCACAAAUUAAUACCUACCACAUACUAACUUUGCUUAUGGUAAAGAUAGAGAAUGUCUCAUCUGUUUCAGCCACGUGUGUAAUCGGCGUCGUAGCCAUUAUUUACCUCACAUUUAUAGAAUACAUCAUUCAAUACUUAAUACUUACCUACCUACUUGGCAGAAGUUGGCACACUACUUACCUAUUUUCCUUACCUCUUAAUAACUCAAGGCCCAAAGUUGUCUUGACCCUUUUCCAAUCAUUAUAAUAGGUUGGAAGUAUUUAUCACCUAUUGACGGAGCUAGAGGUGCUUUACCUCCUAAACACCUACCUAACCAAAUUGAAUGGCAUUCCUAUUAUCCAGUUUCGCGCCAGUUUGGCCAAUACUGCUCUUGGCCAAAACAGCUGUAGCCGUGCCUCCGGCGCAUCCUAUGAUAACACCAGCCCCAGACUUAGAGGCCCGAGUUGUUCAACGCGAUUUGAACCCAGGUAGCUAUAUCGAAAGCAUCAUAAGUGGCUUUGGAAGCGAUGUAUCAAGUUAUAUAGCAUCCGGUGUACCUCAAUUCUUCCAGGACUUCCCUAGUGGUGAAGCUGUCGAAAGUUCUCUGGGCAUAACCGACUCAGACCUAGCCCCAUCGCCGACCCAGGUCCUUAAUAUUCCAGCAUAUGGCAACUGGACCGAGCAGGGAUGGAACGUACGGGUUCAUGGCAAUGUAUACAAGCAGCCCAAUAUUACGGAAGACAGGCUUAAUGAUCUGGCCAAUGUAUUCCUCGUUGGUACUGACAUCGACGAAUUGGCCAUACCAGAGCAAGAGCAAGCCCGGAACUUCACAGCUUCCAUAUUUGUUGUCCAGCAGCCCGACGUAAAUGUUACUAUCAACUUCGAGAACGAUGUUGAUGUUCGCCCGGAUGCAAGUGGGGGCGUGGUAAAUGCUGAAGGUGGUGUGCAGUCGAUAGACCUCCCAUAUGAAACUACCCCUGAAGGUGAUUUCGAUACCUUCAUCAUCCUUCAGAAUACAACAGGCCCAAAUGGAGGACACUUAAUAGCGGGAAAUACAACAUCAUCGAUCCAAGCACUCAAUAUGUACACCAACGGGACCAACACGGGAAAUGCAACAGCCUACCUAGUCCCGCCUACAGGAUUCACCAUCAUUUCUGAUAUCGACGACAUCCUUCGAGUUACCAAGAUUUACGACCCAGUGGAAGGUCUACUAAACUCCUUUGCUAGAGCGUUUACCCCUUGGAUGAAUAUGCCAGAUAUCUACGCGAAUUGGUCUGCCACGAUCCCGAAUUUCCACUUCCACUAUCUCACGACGACCCCAGAGCAAGUCACAAGAAACUACAUGGAAUUCAUCUACGCAACCUACCCCCUAGGUUCUUUCGACACGAGACCGCUCAACUUCUCAGACGUCUCCGCCACCCUUUCCAUCCGCAAAUUCCUUCUCGACAAGAUCUUCCAGACAUUCCCCGAGCGCAAGUUCGUCCUCGUGGCCGACACGUCCAACUCGGACGUCAUGAGCGACUACCCCCAGCUCGUGCGCGACUACCCGGGCCAGGUCCAGUGCAUCUUCCUGCGCAACACGACCGCCACCGACGCCACUGAUCUCUUCCCAUACGACACAUCCGGCUUCGAGGGAAUCGACCAGCGCCAGUACAUGUUCUUCGUCACGCCGGACGAUCUGCGCAAUGUGGAUAUCGUGGGUGGGAACUGCUACAACCCCGCCGUGGUCCAGAACGUGACGUUUGGGUACCAGGGCCGUGGGUUCGGGAACGCAGGGUCCUCAAUCCGCUGGGAUGGAAGCUGGAGCUGGCUUUCGGUGGCUAUGGCGCUGUGGCUUUGUUUAUUGUGAUUAUGCGAUAUGGGUCAUGAGGUAGGAGGUAGGAGGUAGGAGGCCAAGAGUGCAAAUGCAUGAGGUAUGAUGACGAGAACACCGAAUACUUAAAUUGAGACGUUGAAUAUGAUUUUUACAUGGGCGCAUAUGCAUGCAUUUUUUCGUCAAUUGGUAAAAUUACAGCAAGGAUUCAUGGCGAAUAAAUAAGGAGAUUCAAAAAAAAAAAACCCCAAAAAAAAAAAGAAUGCUCAGUCGAGGGUUUGAAUCGCCGACUUACUAAAUAAAGCCUGCCGAGUUUUGCCGUAGCAAGGCUUUAGUUCUAAGAAGCAAGGGACCCUGUGUCACCAUAGAAGCCUUUCUGCGGCAGAUUUUAUUGGUGGGAGGAGGUGCUUUAAUUUGGCAUUAUAUGGCUGGGCUUUCUCCGGAUAGGAGGUACGAGGUAGGAGGAAACUUUAAGGGGCGUACCUUCCUGGUGUGCUUGCUGGAUACCACCAGUGAGAUCAAGGCUUGGUGUAUGAGACAGUACUGACUUAGACUUGAUUACCGUUUCUGUCAUGUACCAGGGAAUAUUCAUGCUUAGGUAUAUGCCUACUGAAGUUUGGAUAAUACCCUAAGGUACCUUGUAGUUAGGACGUAGUUAACACUUCUAUAGAGGUCCUGAGAAAAAGUCACUUACCC